AUGCACAGCCCCCCCACAUUAAAGAAGAAGAGGAGGAUCUCUGGGUUACUCAGGAGGAAGAGUUUCUUCCAGGAGCAUGAAGACAAAGCACCUGAGUCCUCACAGCUUCAUCACAGUACAAACGUCCAGCGGGUGUCAGCGGGGAGUCAUGAAGAGGAGUGGCACACCAGUGUGGGACAGAAGGAGCUACAGGCCCCCUCCCACAUUAAAGAGGAGCAGCUUCAUGAUGAAGAUGAAGCUCAGUCCUUACAGCUUCAUCACAGUCAAAGUGAGGAGAACAGAGGGGCGGAGCUUGUAAGUCAACACAUCACAGAAGCUGAUGGAGAGCAUUGUGAAGAUAUCAAGUCAGAACCAGACAGCAUCUUUGCUCCACUGUCAGACAUGGACCACAUGAUGUCACACUCUUCUGAUCACAGUGACCACAUCCAAAAACCUUUGGAGAGUAAAAAUGACUCUAAAGGUGAUACGAGACAUCACACUAACAACAAACACUUUGACUGCUCUGAAUGUGGGAAAUCAUUUACAUGGAAGAGUGAUUUUACAAGACACAUUAGAAUACAUACUGGAGAGAAACCUUUUACUUGCUCUGUUUGUAAGAAGAGUUUCUCCAGAAAGGAACAAAUGACCAUACACAUGAGAACACACACUGGAGAGAAACCUUUUGCUUGCUCAGCUUGUGCUAAAAGAUUCAAAACUAAGAAGGAAAUGAUAUUUCACAUGAGAACACACACAGGUGAGAAACCUUUUACUUGCUCUGUUUGUAAGAAGAGUUUCUCCACAAAACCUACCAUGACCACACACAUGAGACUACACACUGGAGAGAAACCUUUUGCUUGCUCAUCUUGUGCUAAAACAUUCAUCACUAAGAAGGAAAUUAUAUUGCACCUGAGAACACACCUACAUGAGAAACGUUUAACUUGCUCUGUUUGUAAGAAGAGUUUCUCCAGAAAGGGUAUCAUGACCACACACAUGAGAACACACACUGGAGAGAAACCUUUUACUUGCUCUGUUUGUAAGAAGAGUUUCUCCAUCAAGCAAGUCAUGACCACACACAUGAAAACACACACUGGAGAGAAACCUUUUGCUUGCUCAGCUUGUGCUAAAAGAUUCUACACUAAGAAAGAAAUGAUAUUACACAUGAGAACACACACAGGUGAGAAACCUUUUACUUGCUCUGUUUGUAAGAAGAGUUUCUCCAGAAAGGAAAACAUGACCACACACAUGAGAACACACAAUGGAAAGAAACCGUUUAGUUGCACUGUGUGUGAUAAGAUGUUCAGGUAUAAGUAUCAGGUCAGUAGACACGAGUGUGUAACAGUCAUGGAAGCUGCAGGGAUGUAAAAACACUUAAACAGUGAUUGUGCUAAAUGUAGUUUAAAAACACAGCAUGUUUAAUAUGAAUGUAUAUUUGAUGUUGUAUGUAGUGCUUCUCAUCUUCUAGUCUUAUAUGUUGUCCUGUACUUACUUUUUAAGUUGUGUGCAUGUAUUGAAUAUUAUAUAUGUAGCUACUAUUUUAUUUUAUUUUCUCAUCUUUGAAGAGAGGACAUCUUAUGAUUUUCAUUUGCAUUUUUUUCCACACAUUUUU